UCUUAUUGAAUUUGUUUUUGUUUGUAGAUUUUGAUGAAUUGAGCUCAGUUAUGGACUCAUAUGCAUUGAGAUCCGUCUCGGAUCUGCCUGCACCUUUUCGGCCCACUUUCGGUUUCAGGUACUUCAAUUCGUUGCAGAGUGAGUGCUUUCCUGGCUGCUUCCUCUCCGACCAAAACAUGGUUAUCUCAGCACCAACAGGAAGUGGUAAAACAGUGCUAUUUGAGCUCUGUAUUUUGAGACUUCUUUCAAGGUUCCUUUCACAGGAUGGGAAGUUCAACCAUAUAAAAGGAAACUUUAAAACAAUCUACAUCGCUCCAUCAAAGGCCUUAGUGCAGGAGAAACUCCGAGACUGGAACCUGAAGCUUGGUUCUUGGGGAAUUAGUUGCUUGGAGCUGACGGGUGACAAUGAAUCUUACAAUGUAAAGAAUAUUCAAGAAGCGGACAUCAUAUUAACUACACCUGAGAAAUUUGAUGCCGUGACCCGGCAUCGCAUACGGGAUGGUGGCUUGAGCUUUUUUAGUGAUAUUGCACUUCUGCUUAUUGAUGAGGUUCACUUGUUAAAUGAUCCACGUGGAGCUUCUUUGGAAGCAAUAGUUAGCAGAAUAAAAAUGCUUGCUCGAAACCCUGAAAUGCGUUCAAGUCCUCUGGCUCAUGUUCGCUUCCUUGCUGUUUCUGCUACAAUCCCAAACAUUGAGGACCUUGCUGAAUGGCUUAUGGUUCCUUCUGAAGGUAUUAAAAGAUUUGGAGAAGAAAUGAGGCCUGUAAAAUUGACCACCAAAGUAUUUGGUUACGCCUCAGCUAGAAACGACUUCUUAUUUGAAAGGCGACUCCAAAACUUCAUUUUUGAUAUACUUAUGCAACACUCCAGAGGGAAAUCUGCAUUGGUUUUCUGUUCCACCAGAAGAGGUGCACAAGAAGCUGCGCAAUGCCUCUGUCGGACUGCAAUGGGUCUUGGCCAUUCAAAUCCAUUCAUAAAACACAGAGAACAACCGAACAGGCUAAAGGAAGCAUCUCUAUCAUGCAGUGAUAAACAAAUGCAAUCAUCCAUUCUUUAUGGAGUUGGUUUUCAUAAUGGUGGGCUUUGCCUAAAGGACCGGAACCUUAUUGAAGGACUCUUUCUCAAUGGUGAUCUUCAAAUACUGUGCACUACAAAUACUCUUGCGCAUGGAAUCAACUUACCAGCACAUACAGUAGUAAUUAAAUCAACACAAUACUUCAACAAGGAGAAAGGGGUCUACUCGGAAUAUGACCGAUCCAUGAUACUGCAGAUGUGUGGGAGGGCAGGUCGUCCACCAUUUGAGGAGACUGGGACAGUCAUAAUCAUGACGAGAAGAGAAACAGUUCAUUUGUACGAGAAUCUCUUAAAUGGAUGUGAAAUGGUGGAAUCACAAUUGCUUUCAUGCACAACAGAGCAUUUAAAUGCAGAGAUAGUUCAGCUAAAUGUCUCCGAUAUUACUUUGGCGAUCGAGUGGCUGAAGUGUUCAUACCUGUAUGUGCGGAUCAAAAAGAAUCCUGAAAAUUAUGGACUUAAGAGAGGGAUUCCUUGUGAACGCUUAGAGAAGCAUAUGCAAGGAAUAUGCCUCCAGAAGGUUAACGAACUAUCAACAUAUGGCAUGAUCUGGACAGAUGAAUAUGGUUUUCUUCUGAAGCCAUUAGAGCCUGGACGGCUGAUGACAAAAUAUUAUUUGAAAUUCAACACGAUGAAAGACAUUAUACAAACAACUGAGAACUCCAGUUUGGAAGAUGUACUCCGUACUGUUUGCCGCUCCCAGGAGAUUGCUUGGAUACAACUGAGACGCAAUGAGAAGAAACUCCUAAAUGACAUAAACACUGAUAAAGAUGGCCGGCUUCGUUUUCACAUCCUUACUGAAAAUGGAAAGCGGAAAAAGCGGAUUCAAACGAGGGAGGAGAAGAUAUUUGUGUUGGCAAAUGACUGCUUGACUGGCGAUCCUUCAAUUCAUGAUUUAUCCCUCAACCAGGACACGAAUUCAAUAUGCUCAAAUGGGUGUAGAAUUGCAAGAUGCAUGAAAGAGUUCUUUAUUUACAAGAAGUGUUACAGGGGUGCUCUGCACUCUACUCUUCUAGCUAAAAGCUUACACCAGAGGCUUUGGGAUGACAGUCCCUACUUGCUGAAACAACUACCAGGCAUUGGAAUGGUCACUGCAAAGGCAUUACAUUCAGCUGGAAUUAACUCAUUCAAGACAAUGGAGGAAGCAGAUCCAAGGAGGAUAGAAAUAAUUACAGGUCGGAAAUACCCAUUUGGGAAUCAUAUCAAGGAGUCCUUAUUAUCACUUCCACCGAAGGUUGAGAUGAAGGCUGAAGAGGCUGAAUGCCGAAGGCAAGGAAAGUCAAAGUUAGUUAUCACGCUAACUCGGUUAUCACAAUCAAUCUCGUCAGUUAAGCGGCAUUAUGCUGACAUGGUUAUAGGUUCGGAAGAAAAUAAUAUGAUCUUUUUUUAUGAGAAAAUAAGAGUUGAAGAGUUUUCCAGCCCCUAUAGUGCAACACUUCUCGUGUCAAACCCUCAGCAAGGAAAGCUGACUGUGAAAGUCCAUCUUAUCUUUGAAGAUUAUGUGGGUCUUGACGUCCAUGAAAAGCUUGUUUUAACUAGGGAGGCCAACCCAAAUACAAUGUGGGCACGUGGAGAUCGACAGUCCGCUCAUACUUAUUCUCUGCCCAGGGAAAUUUAUGUGGUGGAUGAUGAUAACAACAACACUUGUUCUCGUGCUCCGACUGAAGAACCUCAAAUUUUGAGUAAAUCUAAAAGGGUGAUCUCUUCCAUGCCCAGCUUCAACCUCCUACAGGAAGACAUAGAGGAAGGUUUUCCUGCUCCUGAAACUGAAGAAUGCGGUUCUGAGGCAAUAAAUCAACAGACGGUAUUCGACCACAUCCGCAAAAAGGCUAAAAAUUUUCCAUUGUUUUCGACAUCUGCAACAGAAAAUUCAUCUCCAUCCAGAGCCUUACUUCCGACAAGAAAAGCAACAGAAAAGGUAGGCAUGAACGGUAUCCAGAGAGAGAUUGUGAUCCUACCUGACUCAGAACCUAUGGUAACCACAGCGGAUUUCAGCAUUUCAAAGAUCUCUCCAACAGGGAUGAUUCAGAUGAAUGGUCUUGAUAACCACAUUGAUGAAAAUACAGCACCAGAAUACCAUAUGAUCUCUAGAAGCUUCAGCAAUGGAAAAGCCGAGCUUUCUGCUGGAAUUAAGAGUCGCCCGUUUUCAGAUAUCUCCACCCUACAAGCAGAUGUAUGGGAGUCUGGCCAGCGAAGAGCUUCACCAUUAAAAGAAAAGCAUCAUAGUCCAAAAGAAUCAGCUGCCGUUUGCAUGCGAGAUGAAGGCCAAUCAUCAAAAAACGAUGUAAGCUCCAACUGUUUUACUGAUAUCAAAGCCACUCUUAAUGAUCUAACGGAUAUUAAGAUGGAUAUUAAGAAACCGUUCUCAGAUAUCCAACUGCAUCCAAGUUCAAAGGAUCGAAAUGCAGUUGAAAAUUCAGCACAAGGACGCGAUGUUAUCUCUGGAAGUUUGAUAACUGAUGGGAAAUCUGAGCUUGGUUUUCUUGUUUCAAAUGCUGUAAAUGAUCGAACGGAAACCAAGCAGCUGUUUUCAGAUAUCUUCGCUGUGAAACCGGAUGUUUGUGAAACGGGCUGGCAAAGAUCUCCACCAUUGAAACAACAAGAGAUGAUUUCAAAGGAAAUGAAUACAAUUGGUAGAAGGGAAGCUGAGAAACAAUGCUGCUCAUUGGCAACAUCAGGUAAGGAGAUUGGCGUGUCCUUCCUUGGGGUUAAGAGCGUCUUUUCAUUUCUUUAAUCUUGUUUUUGUAAAUCGAUGUUUCUUGAAUCUGAUUCAAACAUGGAAGCUACAAUAACUGAAGUGUAGAAUAUGAAACUACAUAGCUGUUUGGGAAGUAUAGCAAUCUGGUCUACCUAUGUCAGAUUGUCAGUCGAGAGAAUGUGUGAUCAAUGGAUAUAAAGUACCCACCAGAACCUGGUGUAUAAACCAUCUCAACCAUUCCGUUUGUGUUCAUACCCAUGAUCGUCACCAUCCAAUUGAUGGCCAUAGAGAAGGAACCAAGCCCAGUCCGAGCCAGGCCCUCCAAAUAGAUAUUGGUCACAAUGUUACGUAAGUUGGGUUGUGCUAGCCUAUCCUAUCGGGUCCUUGGGGAGAUUAUGAUCGGGCCCAGUCCAUUAGCUGCAAACUGUGAAAUCUUGGCCCUGGACCAAAACUGCAAGGCUCUUGGCUCAUCCCAAACCUGUC